AUGUCCCAAGCACACCUCGCCAAGCUGCGAGAAGCAGCGAGGCAGACGAUGAGAGUGAAACAAGCCGCAGAGAGGCUCGAAAACAUGUCUUCUACAUUAUCCCCAUCACUAUCUGCAUCUACACCCACCGUUUCAUCCUCUUCGCCCUCCAGACCCCCGUCUAAAAAGAUCUUGGCAAAGCUCCUUCGAGACUCUGCACCUGCGGAAAGCGAAACGACGUUGGACUAUGGAGACCCUAUCGAACAGCUGGCAGAGAGCCCAACCGCUUCCCCUGCUAAUACCCCGGCCGCUCGGGGGUUGGGAGCUUCACGACACACCGCAGUCACACAUGCCAACGGUCUGAAUGGUCAGAAGGAGAUUCCUAAAAUAGGAGGAAGAGAGGAAGGAGAGAUUAGUGACGAAGAGUCUCGAGCGAGACGACAAAGCAAAAGAACAAGGGCGGUUUCUCUCAAGAAGAGCCAACAAUCUAUCAAUGCAUCCCAGUCGACCGACCUUCAUUCCGAUACGGCUCAGAAUAUCUUGCUUGAGGACCAGCCCCAACCAUCUUCCGCUUCUGCCAAUCCUCUCAAAUUGAAUUCGAACAAGAUGAAUGAUCCCUUACGCCCAACACCGGAAACGCAUUCAUUUGUUGGCUUAGCAAGUCGAGAGGUGAACAACCCUUCGGACGAUCGUCUGUCACCGGCGACAAUGCAGCUCAACGAAGAAGUAUAUACCAAACUUCUCGAAUUUGGUAUCGAUGAUAAUCACUGUCGCCCAGGACUUCCGAUGACUUUUGAGCAGUUUGAGUUGGCAAAAGGGCUCAUUCUCGAUCUCAUCGGAUAUGGUACCAGUCCUGAAUAUCUUAUCGAUGUCGGUAUCAACCCUCGGCUGGUUGUCUACUGCCUCCGCGAACUGAAGAUGCGGAUACCGUCCAAUGUUAAGGUGGGCGAUAUCAUCGCUUUUGGACCGCCACAGGCUCUUGUCACUUCACUCGUCGAUUCACCCCGUGCAACAUCUCCAGAAAUGCUCUCUCCAAUUUCACCGGAAGAGCACAAUGCUGGGCUUCAAUUCACGACUGAAGAGCAAGCAGAGCCUUCAGCAAUCUCAUUACCCUCUACAUCCAACACGCCUCCGCCAACAACGCGCCUCAACGUACACGCCGAACCUUUUGUACCCAAAACUGUCGUAUCUUCAAAGCCACCAAAAACGACAGGACCAUCGCUUGUUCAUAUAGCUCUUCCACAUCAACAAAUCGGAUUACCUCCGCGCCCUGAACCGGCCCCCGUGAAUACCGCUUUACCUGAUCCGCCAUCAUCCUUGCCGCAACGACCAGCCUUCUCCGUGAAUGCCGAGCCGAAUCGCAAGUCAAGUAUCGAUGUCCCCAAAUAUACAAGCCCCCCAUCCAGCCCAACUAUGGGCGACGAACCCAAGGUUGAAUCUGAUACGGAGGCCCUUCAACGGAUGGAACAGCAGAAAAAGCUUCAACUGUUGCGGAAAAAGCUGGCGUUGACACGGAAACGACCUGCUGUCAAGGACAGUCUGAUGCUUCAGACGGGCGACGUAACACCGAGUGAUCCCACUCCCAGGGAGUCUGCUCCAAGUUCAACAGUUCCAGAUGAGAGAAAGGUUGAAUCACCUUCUCCGAUGGACGUUGACUACCCUGUUACUACAGAGGCAUCACGAUCCGCGGUGACUUCAACUGUCGAUUCAGCUCCUUCAACGUCGCGAGUAUCGACUCCGUCAAACCAAUCGGAAUCUAUCCUUACUCUUGCCCAACGCCGUGAAAGUCUCCUCAAUGGCACCAGAUCCUCGACUCCCUCUGAACUUGGUGCUAAGCGUGGAAUCAAGAGACCAAAGGCGGACGACUUCCUAGACAAGACACCAGUCAAACGACCAACUUUACUGAACAACGUUGUUCCAAGCAAAAAUCUUUUUGGUCGUUCGACAUUUGCACUUAUCAAUUCCACAGUCCCAGAUCAGCAUGUUUUUACUUGGAGCGAUGACGAAACACUGGGGGAUGAAGCAGAGCCGGACCAGAUGGCGCCAGAGAGUGCUGGUUCGCAGAGAGAGUCUGAAGCUGCUCAGUUUGCAGCGGCUGCGCUUGCUAUCGGUCUCCCCAUGACGGCUGAAGAACUUGAAGCUGCUCGAAUCCAGGAAGAAGAAAGAAAGGCCCAGAUCAAUGCGAAGGCGAUCAAGUUGUUGAAAACUCAGCUUAGUUUGCGAAAGCUUGAGCUUAAGCAGGCAGAAAAGAAGCUCAAGAAUGUCAAGCACGAUGAUGCUGAAGCUCUCUUGGCUGCUGAAGAACAUCUUCACACUUUGCGUCAAGAGCUACAAAGCCUUGAGACAAGACUCUUGCAACACGAAACAUCCGCGAUUGAGUUCGAGGCAUCAACAUUUAGUCCUUUAAAAGGUCACGGAUCGUCCAGCGCUAUUCAACUCGUCGGUCAAUCAGAGCUUUCAGCCAUCGAAAUGAUGGUGAAGGAUAACGCGACAUCAUCAACCCCUACCUUGGUCGAUACACCAUCCCAGAUAGAAUCCAAGACACUGGAAGAUGGCGAGAACACCACUCGAUGUGUUGAUAGCACUCAAGAACCUUCUACGGCAAGCGUGGAUUACUCGAUGUGA